AUGCAUCUCGUCGUGACACAUCUGAUGCUCACAUUAUAUGCAAAGGCCACCACCCUGAUGCCGUCCGAGAAGGUGCCCCCCUGCGAACUUCCGCUGUGGUGCGUGAUGCCGAACCCAAGAGACGUGGAAAAGGUCUUGGAAAUUGUGAGGCAUGUUCCCGGAAGCAAUGUCCCGUCGAAGCGCAUGAGGUUGGGACGUCGCGCCUGGGCACUCCUCGGACGGAGGCUGCAUGAGGCGCAAGCCGCAGAAGCUCGGCGAGCAGGUGUGCCCGAGCCUGAUAUUGGCUUGGCUUGUCCUUUGUCGUCGAAAGCCCACGCCAUCGUGCUGCAGAAUUGGAUGGGCAAGAUCUUCUUGAAGGAUCUCGGCUCUGCCCACGGAACUUUCCUGAGCGGAGUGCGAUUGAACCCUCAUGAGCCUUUUGAGUGGCAAGCUGGCACGAAAGCUUUAUUUGCGGAUGCCAGCACCGAGUUCUUCGAGCUGAGAGCAGCUUGA